GAGAGCCGAGCGCGGCCGUGGCGGAGGCGGUGCCCAGGGAGGGAGGGCGGCGGGGCCGAGCGCAGCGCAGCGCUUUGGCUAUCGGCAGCCGCCGCCAGGAUGCCCCGGCCCGCGGGCUGCUCCGCCGCCAGCCACCCCCGCGGCCCCUGGCGGCGGGCGCUCAGUGCCGGGGCGUGGGAACCGCAGCCGGAGCCGGAGGCGGGAGCAGCGAGCUGGAGCCUUGGGCGCCCGAAUGCUGGCUGCUCGUCGUCCCUGGCCUCCCUCACCAAGCCCCCACAUGUGAGAGCUGCUGCACUGUGAGGAGGAGGAGGGAGGAGGAGGAGGAGGAGGAGGAGGAGGAGGAGGAGGAGGAGGAUGCCACAGCCACUCGCCAGCUCCGGUCUGCACCAUGGGUGAUGAGCGGCGGCUGCCUGGCAGUGCGGUAGGCUGGCUGGCGUGUGGAGGCCUGUCGUUGCUAGCCAAUGCCUGGGGCAUCCUCAGUGUGGGUGCCAAGCAGAGGAAGUGGAAGCCACUGGAGUUCCUGCUCUGCACACUGGCAGCCACCCACAUGCUCAACGUGGCGGUCCCCAUUGCCACGUAUGCUGUCGUGCAGCUCCGGAGGCAGCGUCCCGACUACGAGUGGAACGAAGGCCUCUGUAAGGUCUUUGUGUCCACCUUCUACACCCUCACUCUGGCCACCUGUUUCUCUGUCACCUCCAUCUCCUACCACCGCAUGUGGAUGGUCCGCUGGCCCGUCAACUACCGGCUGAGCAAUGCCAAGAAGCAGGCGGUGCACACAGUUAUGGGCAUCUGGAUGGUGUCCUUCAUCCUGUCGGCCCUUCCUGCCGUUGGCUGGCACGACACAAGUGAGCGUUUCUACACCCACGGCUGCCGCUUCAUUGUGGCUGAGAUCGGCCUUGGCUUCGGAGUCUGCUUCCUGCUACUGGUGGGUGGCAGCGUGGCCAUGGGCGUGGUCUGCACAGCCAUUGCCCUCUUCCAGACACUGGCCACGCAGGUGGGGCACCGGGCUGACCGCCGUGCCUUCACUGUGCCCACCAUCGUGGUGGAGGAUACACAGGGCAAGCGUCGCUCCUCCAUUGACGGCUCGGAGCCUGCCAAAACCUCGCUGCAGAUUACGGGCCUGGUGGCCACCAUCGUGGUCAUCUAUGACUGCCUCAUGGGCUUCCCUGUGCUGGUGGUGAGCUUCAGUAGCCUGCGGGCUGACGCUUCAGCGCCCUGGAUGGUGCUCUGUGUCCUGUGGUGCUCUGUGGCCCAGGCCCUGCUGCUGCCUGUGUUCCUCUGGACCUGUGACCGCUACCGGGCAGACCGCAAGGCAGUCUGGGAGAAGUGCAUGGCCCUUAUGGCCAAUGAUGAGGACUCUGACAACGAGACCAGCCUAGAUGGUAGCAUCUCCCCCGACCUGGUAUUGGAGCGCUCCCUUGACUACAGCUAUGGAGGUGACUUCGCGGCCCUGGACAGGAUGGCCAAGUAUGAGCUCUCUGCCCUGGAGGGAGGCUUACCCCAGCUCUACCCUCUGCGGCCACUGCAGGAGGAUAGGAUGCAGUAUCUGCAGGGCGCGGGGAGGCAUCAGUGCGGGUUUCCAGGAGGGCAGCCCCGUUUCAGCCCGGCCGGGUGCUCGCAGGUCCCGCCCACACGGCGGUUCUCCCACGAUGACGCCGACGUAUGGGCGGCCGUCCCGCUGCCCACUUUCCUACCGCGCUGGAGCUCCGGCGAGGAUCUGGCAGCCCUGGCGCACCUAAUGCUGCCCGCGGGGUCCGACCGGCGGCGCGGGAGCCUUCUGGCUUUCGCCGAGGACGCGCCCCCAUUUCGCCCGCGCCGUCGCUCGGCCGAGAGCCUGCUGUCUCUGCAGCCCUCGUCCCUGGACGGCGGCCUGAGUCGCACCCACGACUCGCCUCCCGGCAGCCCGCGUCGCCGCCCGGGGCCUGGCGCCCGCUCCGCCUCGGUCUCGCUGCUGCCGGACGCCUUCGCGCUGACCGCCUUUGAGCGCGAGCCGCAGGCCCUGCGUCGUCUGCCCGCCCCAGCGCGGCCUUUCCCCGCCGCCUCCGACGGGACGGAGCCUGGUGAGGUCCCGACCCCUCCUGGCGGCCGUACGCAACGCAGCCACGGACGCCGGGCCACGCGCGCACACGCGGGGCCCCUGCAGACUGGCCUGAGCGCAUCGUGGGGCGAGCCCGGAGUCUUGCACGCGGCGGGCGGCGGCAGCACCAGCAGCUUUCUGAGCUCGCCUUCCGAGUCCUCGGGUUACGUCACGCUGAACUCGGACUCCCUGGGCUCUGCGUCCUAGGGCCCUCUGGGUCCGCCCGAGGGACGCCAUGCAGAUGAGAGAGGCACAGCACCAAAGAUGCCAUCGCAUGUGUUAGGUGCGCGGACAAGUACCACCCACCCUAGGGGUGAAUGGAUGGUGGACUCUGCGCCCCUCUGCGCCUUCCUUCUGAUAUCUCCUGGAGGGACGAUGGCCGCCUUUGAUGGCUGCAUAGGACACAGACCUGCUGCUGGGCACCGCAUCUCCCAGGAAGGGACAGGCUGUGCCUUUGUAGUGAGUGACAUCUGCACAUUUAGUACACCUUCCCCAGCCCUCUGAGGCUAGGCUGGGGUGUAUAGGAGACCCUGAGACCUGACCACCAUGAGAAAGGACCAAAUCCCUUCUCUAAGAAGCUUAAGCCAGAAGCUACUGGACCGCGUUCAACUUCACUCGUACUGCCUCUGCCUCACCUCAAGGGUGUGGCAUGUAGAGCGUCUGUAAGCACAGGGGUCUUCAAAACCCAAACAAGUUCUACUGAGCAGGCUUCCUUGUGACCUGCCUCAGUUUCCCUGUCUCUGAUGAGUGAAUGACCGACCAUGAUCCAUCUCUCAGGGCUGUUUGAAGAACCCUCCUGGUCUUAGGGCCCUUUGUGAGGGUCAGCCUUCAGGAGUUGACCCCCAGAUCUGAGGCCUCCCCAUCUUGAUGACCUUUGCCGUCUUGGAGACUCACUUUAGCUAAAGCACAACACCAUGGGUAUAACAGCCACCUUGACCCCAUUAGUGUCCCCAUGCUCGAGACUACACCAUAUUGCCUGUCUCCCACUAAGUCGGCCAUUCUGUGAUCCUGCUGUGAAGACUGCGGGUACCUGGUGCACAGAGCUAAAGCAAAUGGAAGUGGGGUUCCCUGUCUUGGUGCCCAUCUCCAGCUCUGCCUCCCACCCACACAGGCAAAGGUCCCGCAAAGGGUGUCCUGUACCCCUCCUCCCCUGGAAAGAAGGGCUUUGCUCUCCCGGGUAGACCUCUCUCUGGGCUGUGGCAGGGACAUAGGUCUUCCCAGGAAAUACCCAGGCUGUGAGCUGGGGUGGGUAGCACCACCACCGUACAGCAGAGCCUCUGUGUUGGGACCAGGAGAUAGUCUCAAAGGCCAGCACAGAGCAGCCUGUGCCCCGUUCUCACUGCCCGAUGGCCAGGCCCAUCUCCUCUCCCUCUCCAGACAGAGUUCCAACUCCAGAUAAGGAUGGGGAUGGGUGACUGCCCUGUCCUAGGCCUCAGAGGACCCCUGGUUGUGGGGUAAGUGAAAGAUUAGACACCCCAGAUGAGCAGGGGGCUGCAAUCAGUCCAUCUUUGGACAUGGGAGAAGCUUCCUCUGGUUAUUUGCUGCUGUGCCUUCAGGGACUGAUGUCAUGUGGGGGCAGAGGCCACCAGCUAGCCACUGUCUCCCUCACCGGCCUCAAAUUGUCAAUUUAUCACCUUGGGUUUUCACUCUAUUUUGUAUUCAACGGCAAUACUUGUAGUGGGGACCUUGUGUCCCUAAGUCACUCCUACUUUAUACAAAACUUUAAGGGCAAGCCCCAAGCAGCUGACCCUGGGCACCAGGGCUCUUCCCCAUCCCUGUUCAGCCUCCUUGUUUGCUGAUGCCUGUAAGGACCUUGGCCGUGAGUUACUGAUAAGAGCACUAUCUGUAUACCACCGCCUAGCCCAGAGUCAGGGAUGUGUUUGUAGAUUUUUGAAAAACAUUUCUCUUCUGUACAGGACCCAAUAAAAAUUUCCUCAUGGUUUGCA